AUGCAUCUUUCCGAACUCCCUGCGGAGGUCCUCCUCAAUAUCGGGACACAGCUUGGGGAUGAUGGCCUGAGCCGACUCCUCCGUACCAACCGCUGGUUUCACAACUUCUUUGGGGAUGAGAUCUACAAGAUGCACGUGCAGAGGACCAAGGGCAUCGCGCUGCUCUGGGCCGCGAACCGUGGGGACGAGAUGCUGGUGAGAACGUUCCUCGACUGUGGCGCCAACCCUAACGUGGGCUGGGGUCCCCGGGUCCCCGGCCAGGGAGACUGGGCGCUGCGUACCGCCGCGCGCUCCGACCUCUACUGGCGCCCGGAUGGCAACCGCACCCACUUGACCCCCCUGACGUUGGCCGCGCAGAAAGGCUACCUGGACAUUGUCAAGCUCCUGCUUGCGUACGGCGCCGACCCCGGCCGCCACAACCGCGAGCAUCAGACCGCGUGCCUGGCAGCCAUCACGGCGCUGAUCGAGAAAGCCCACGACGGCCGCCAGUACCACAACGCGUGGGACCGGCUGUCCAACUUCAACCAGCCGCGCCGGCCGCUCGACCCGCAGCUGCUCGCCGUCGUCGACUUUCUCAUCCACUUGCCCGACGCCAUGUACGGCACCCACGGCUACCGCGUGCUGAACCUGGCGCUGCAGUGGCCCGACCAGGACCUGGCCGUCUACAUGCUCCGCGACGAGCAGCUGCAGGCCUCGUUCUGUGAGCAGCCCGGCUCGCAGUUCGAGCACCUGCUCCGCCACGCCGCCCUCUACCACCGCGUCGCCUUCGUCGACCACCUGCUCGACGUGGCCUACGCCAACUUCCACGUCCACGAGUGGGGCCGCCUGGCCCUCAUAGCCCGCGACGCGACCCAGGAAUACUUCAGCCAUGCUAUGGGGCACUACUUCCUCAUGUACAAGUAUGUCGCCUUCUUUCUUUUUUUAUGCGUCUGGAUCUGUGUCUGGGUGUAUGUGUCCUGGUGGUGGCUGUGA